ACACAGUUUCUUCUUCGUCAUCAAGAGGCAGUGUAGGAGUCUGAUUCACACCUGACAGUUCCCUAAACAGCGCCAUGAAGCCAGCAGUGAUAGUCCUUGCACUUGGUCUUGCCAUGUUGGUAGCGUCCGACUCCGUUGAUGUACAAGCCACGAAAGAGGGCAGCAAAAUAGAUGCAGAGGCAAAAUAUACACACGACAUCAACGACAAUGUCAGCGUGCAUGCUGCCUUAACACAUGCUCAAAAUGGCGGUAAAAGCUCGGUCAACGAUAAUCUCAGCAUCAUUGAAAGUGUAAGCCAUAAGCACGGAAACGGACAAAGCCAUACUUUAACUGACGUGGGAAUCGAGUACAGAUUCCGUCGAGCCGCCAAAAGAAUGUAAAAUACCUGCAGCACGAAAAGAUUCUAUUCAGCAAAUAUUUCAAUGUGAGGUGUUUAGUUUUGGAUGCAGAUUGGUGUUCCUAUGUUUAAAAUAAAUUUUGGAGAAUAUUAUUGCUUUA